AUGUCUGAUAGCCCUGGAAAUCCUGUGUACUCUCCGGAGGUAUCACCUUCAGCCAUUUCUUCUGGUACAACACUAUUAACUCCAUCUUUGGUAUCAUUUACAUCUUCCUUGCCAACGUCUACCAAUAUCCCAAGGGUUUCUGGGAGCAAAUCAACUUCCUUCACCACUUCCACUUCCACCAUCGCCCCAACAUCAAAUUUAACGUCACCACAUACGUCACUUUCUAGUGCUGGAUUUACGACCAUACUAACAGCAUCUGCUGCAGGUGGUGAAUUAUCACCUGCUGUUCAGAUUGGAACAUUCCAAUCUCCUGAGUCUCCUAGUUCACCUAGCGGGCAGAGGGAUAGCCCACCACAGCAGGCAAUUUAUGGAAUUCCUGCCGCCGGGCAGUCAUUUUCCCUUGCUAUAGCAGGAGGGUCUAAAAGCCAGGCAGUAGCUUCAACAUCUGACUCAUCUUCAUCUAGUCAAAAUUCUCUGUCAGUUGUUCAAGGCUCUUCUAAUUUAUCUGUAGUUUCAGGUAAUGUAGUCAUCCCUCAGACUAUUUUACAAGCAAACAAUAGUGCUGUUUUAUAUCAUACAAGUCAAGGUUUAGUAUAUGCAACACCAACUAAUCUACCUGAAGGUGUUGUACUAAAUCUGGGUCAAGAACAAGGUGGUACCCAGCAACAGUUCAUUACUAUACCAGUAUCUUUAUCUCUUACUCCAGCUCAACAGCAGCAGCUGAUUCAAGGAACUCAAGGUACAAGUCAAGGUCAAAAUUCAUCAUUCAGCAGUCCCAGUAACAGAAGAGAAAAGUCUCGAAAAUAAUUUUUAUGCUUAUCAAUUUUGUACAGAAAGUGCCUUAAGAAUCUCCCACUGUAAUUGAUUGAAUUUUAAUUUAAUGGAAUCUAAACCAUAUGGAGAAGAGCACUAUCUUUCCUCAAAAAUGAAAAAUAUUUUCCUCAUCAGUACUUUUUCUGUCUCAAGACAAAACAUUUUGAGAUAUCGGUUUUCGAAAGCAUUUAUGAUGAAAGAUGGGGCAGGGAAUAAAAUAUAAAAUCAACUUAGAUACAUAUUUUUACUUUAAAAGAUUCUGAAAUAAAAAGUUUUGUUAAUGACAAAGUGUUCAAAGAAACUGAAAAUUAAGGACUUUGUAUUGCUUUUGCACAUAUGCAAUAGAAGGAAAAAACUGUGAAAUAUGAAUUAAAUUUUUUAAUUCAGUAACAGAACCCAGGUUAAUAAAUUAUAUUAGAAAUGAAUUUUGUUUUGUUUAUAAAUAUUGUUAAUUUAUUAUCAAUUUAAAAUAAUACACAGAAACUGUUAUAACUGCAUUCUGUGGAAUUGAUCACUCAUUAAUGAGUAAACUCGUGAAAAAGCUCAAGCAAGUGCAUUUCUUCUGACAUGGUUAUAUCUUAAUUUGGCCAAGUUUCAUGUUGGCCAUAUUUAUGUAUAUAAAUGAUCAAUAAACUUAUUUUCUUCUCUC